AUGAGUGCAAAGCUCUCCGAAGUCCCCGACGCAUGGGAUGACAACUGGGAAAGCCAGGUCGAUGUAUGUAGGACCAAAGAACAGCUUUCUACAACCUCAACCCCGCCGCCCGAGAAGAAGGUCUCGUCGAAAGUUACUAAGGCCCAGCGAAGAGCGCAACAGGCAGAAUUCAAUCGCCAGCUAUGGGCUGAAGCCGAGUCCCCGGAGACGUUUCAUUUUGUCGAGACACGCUCCAACGUGCCGCUCAAGCAAGACCUGAAACCCACCGUCACGGUGUUGAGCCGGAAACCGCAGAUUGCAACACGGCAAUCAUCUUCCAGUGCCGUGGACGCAGCCGCAGUAGGGGUUGGCCAGCUGGAGCUGGGCGCAGACGACGACUCGGAUGAAGAGGCCAACAAGCCCCCUGAACCGACACCAGAAGAGCGACAGGCUACCGCACUCAAGAACCGGGAGGAGAAGCAGCGCAAAUAUGAAGAGGUGCGUGAGAGGCUUUUGGGAGUCCGUCUGCCACCGGCUCGGGCACGUCGUCGCCUGGAAGUACCACUCCACCACGCCAAUAUCACUCUGGCGAGGGCAGAGGCAAAGGAAAAGGCCGAGGCGGCAGAGAUUUCCGGGAAAAGAGGGAUUCGUCCACGGCUUCCAACAAAGCGAAACAUCUCUACGAUCCGUCAAGCCCCGCCAAAGGGAAUGCUCCCCAUUUACAGAGACGAGACCGUCCUCAGGGCGAUCGAAAUGACUUCGAUAAGCAACAGGCUCUACAGCAACCUUCAAGAAAUCCUCGCGGCCCCGAUCCAAGUGGAAGGGGCGGGUUCAAAUUCGCCAACAGAGGCGCACGAGCGAGCUAGG